AAAUUUUCCUUUUUUUUCCCUCUCAACUCCCAAAAAUUUGAGCUGCUGGAUCCCUGUGGAGCAGAGGGGCGGCUGAGCCGGCUGUACGAUCGACGACGAGAUGGACGGAUCCAACCUCGAUCAGAUCUUGCAGGACGCUGACGCCAUCGAGGAGGAGCUACGGGAGGUGGAGCGGCUCCACCAGCGCCUGCGCGAGUCCAACGAAGCCGGCAAGGCCCUGCUGGAUGCCUCGGCGGUGCGCGCCCUCCGCCUCCGCAUGGACGCCGACACCACCAUCGCCCUCAAAAAAGCCAGCCUCAUCAAGCUCCGCCUCCAAUCGUUAGAGCGCACCGAUGCCACCGGCGGCUCCGCCGACCGUUCCCGCGCCACCGUCGUCGCCGGCCUCCGGCACAAGCUGCGCGCUUCCGUGGCAGCUUUCGCGGAGCUCCGCCGCGCGGUCUCCGUCGAGUACCGGGAGAUCCUGGCGCGGCGGUACUUCACCUUGACGGGGGAGGCGGCGGACGAGGCGACGGUGGAGGAGCUGGUGGCAGCAGGCGAGGGCGAACGGCUUCUGCAGCAGGCCAUCGAGGAGGGACGCGGACAGGGACUGGAGGCCGACGUGGUGGCGGAGAUCCAGGAGCGGCGCGGCGCCGCGGAGGAGCUGGAGCGCAACCUGGUGGAGCUGCAGCGGCUAUUCGUAGACAUGGCGGUGUCGGUAGGGGCCCAGGGUCUGCAGAUGGACGACAUCGAGGCAAACGUCGGCCGCGCCAACUCCUUUGUCCGCCAUGGCGCGGAGGAGCUCGGCGCCGCCCAGCAGCAGAGGAGGAGCACCCGCAAUUGGGCUUGCAUCGCCGCCGUGAUCCUCGCCAUCGUCAUCCUCGUCGCAAUCCUCGCCGUCGUGCUGACUCUCGCCGCGAAUAAUAGGAAAAUCUUGAGCUUCUCACUCUUCUCUCUCUCUGCUACUCUUUUUUAACCUUGGCUGCUUCUUUGUUGUAAAAAGGCGGGUCCCGUCGCCCAGCGGCCCCCUCACCCCUGCCCCACGAGUAUGAGAGGGAGUAAAUCACGGUGAAUACGGGCCCGACGAUGACAUGGCGGUCGAAGGUGUUUAGCACGGACAGAUAUUGAUGUUAUCGCAAUUGCUGCCGCAGACCUUCGACCUCCCGAUCUAUGUUGUAAGAAUACCAUAUCAUAACCGGUUGAUCCCGCCCGUGGGGGCACCUUGGCUGCUUCUUUGAUUGAUCCCACACUUGUUCUUCG